GGAGGAUCGCUCAGAAGUCAGUGUUGUGCCCGGUGAUCGCUGUGUGCCAAUCUAUUCUCCAUUCUAUACAAGGAUCGCUGUUCUCUCCCCCUGGCACUGCCAGCUCACCAGCCCCGAUGCUGAACAUGAGCUCCGGCCAGGAGCAGGCUCCCGAUGGCCCCUGCAGCCCGGCGGGCACUGCCAGCUCCAUGUCCCACGUUUCGGACUCUGACUCGGACUCUCCGCUGUCCCCGGCCGGCUCGGAGGGGCGAGGAUCGCUCAGGGGCCCCGGGAUCUCCAAGAAGGACCCGGACGGCGGGACCAUGGAUGAGAGGUUCCCCGCCUGUAUCCGGGAGGCCGUGUCCCAGGUGCUGAAGGGCUACGACUGGUCCCUGGUGCCCAUGCCAGUCCGGGGCUCCGGAUCCCUCAAAGCCAAGCCCCAUGUCAAGAGACCGAUGAAUGCCUUCAUGGUGUGGGCACAGGCUGCCCGGAGGAAGCUGGCCGACCAGUACCCACACCUACACAACGCCGAGCUCAGCAAGACCCUGGGCAAACUAUGGCGUUUACUGAGUGAAAGUGAGAAACGUCCUUUUGUUGAGGAGGCCGAGCGGCUGCGGGUUCAGCACAAGAAAGAUCACCCUGAUUACAAGUACCAACCUCGCCGGAGAAAGAGUGUAAAAGCUGGCCAGAGCGACUCGGACUCCGGAGCUGAGCUUGGCCACCACCCUGGAUCUCAGAUGUACAAGUCUGACUCUGGAUUAGGAGGGAUGGGAGAUGGACAUAUGCACGGAGAUCAUGCAGGUCAAAAUCAUGGUCCUCCAACUCCACCGACCACCCCAAAGACAGACCUUCACCAUGGUGGUAAACAGGAGCUGAAGCAUGAAGGACGGAGGAUGUUGGAAAAUGGGAGACAGAACAUUGACUUCAGUAAUGUGGACAUUAGCGAACUGAGCAGUGAGGUGAUCAACAACAUUGAGGCUUUCGACGUUCAUGAGUUUGACCAAUACUUGCCACUGAAUGGGCAUGCAGCUAUUCCAGCUGAUCAUGGGCAAAACUCUACAGCUCCACCUUAUGGAGUACCCUAUACACAUGCAGCUGGAACCACGCAACCACCUGUCUGGUCACACAAAAGUCCUUCAACUUCGUCCUCGUCUCCAGAGUCUGGUCAACAGAGGCCUCACAUCAAGACAGAGCAACUGAGUCCUAGUCAUUACAGUGACCAGUCCCAUGGGUCGCCUGCUCACUCUGACUACAGCUCCUAUAGUGCUCAGGCUUGUACUACAACUGUGCCUAGCUCUACGGUACCAAAUUCUUUCCCCAGCUCUCAGUGUGACUACACAGACCUUCCAAGCUCCAACUACUACAACCCCUACUCUGGCUAUCCAUCUAGCUUGUAUCAAUACCCAUAUUUCCAUUCCUCCCGGCGCCCCUAUGCCACACCUAUCCUCAACAGUCUGUCCAUUCCACCCUCACACAGUCCUAAUUCCAACUGGGACCAACCAGUUUACACAACUUUGACAAGGCCUUAAACACAACUUUUUUUUGUUUGUUUUUUACAUAUCUAUGUCUGAUUGUUAACGUCUUCCAAAACAUGUGCACUAUAGACAGAAUGUACAGAUAGAAGGCACCAUGCCAGUUCCUUUACAAGUGCCUGCUGAAAACCUGAGGACGUUUAUGUUAUACUGGGGGCCUUUUCUCCAGACAUCUCUGAAAGAAAAUUGUGAAACACAAGAUUGCAGAAAGGGCCGUUUUUCGAACUGUGACAUGGUCUACAAUGAAGGAUGGACCUCCAAUGAAGGAUGGACCUCCAACUACCAAAUGAGGACAGAGUUUCUCUUGGCACAAUUCGGAGGUGCCAACAUUUUUGACGUUUUUCAUAUUGACCAACCGUUUAAAAAUGUGCUUUUGACCAAUUAACCCAGUUUUAACAUUUUCCAUUUCAUUGUGUACUUCAUCUGCUGGAGAAGAGGGGUCCGGUUUUGGAGUCAACGCGUUAUGCUCCACUCGCAUUUUAUUUUUUAUCUCUAAAGUUGAUGCAACAGCAUUAUUCAGAGCUGAAGACUUAAUGGAUGUCCAUAAUUCCACGUUUCAAAAAAAUUCCCUUUAGAACAAUACUGCCGUGAUUUAGAAAAUAAAUAAUAUAUAUGAAAUGGACUAGAGGGAGGAAAAACCUAUUUAACCGUUAUCAUGUUUAUGUGUCUCAGGCUUGGACUACAAACUGUAUUUUUCAACAUUUUCUUCUGAGCAAUGUUUGGCUGUAAUUAACUUUUUUUUUUUUUUUCAAAUGUUCUUAUAGUUCUGUUAAAUAUAUUAUAUAUAUAAAUAUAUUUAUGUGCCAUAUAUUAUAAGUGAUUAAUUACUUUAUUGUUUUUUAAAAAAAAUGGGAACAGAAAAAAACAGAAAAUAGUGAAAGGAAUAGAGGAUUGCUGUUUAUUUUUUAAUGUUUUUGGUUUGGUCACUCGAUUCCGUACUUGAAAGGUAGCCUAAGGCCAACAAACUUAUAAUAUCUGGCCGGUGAACAUUUGUUCAAAUAAUAUAUUAGUAAAAUAUUGACUUGAUGGUAAUUUUUUAUAUAAUUUCUAUUUUGUUGUAUCCACAGCACCACUGUGAUACAAUACAAAUUAUUCAUGACAUCAUUAUUUGUCACCCAAUUUUAAAAAUAAUUUCACCGAGCCUACCAGGGACCAGAUUCUUACCAUAAAGCUAAGACACUAAACUGAUACUUUUGCUUUCCUUUUUUUUUUUUUAACUAUUUUUUUUUUUUUUUUACUAAUAUCUGUUUACGUUACUGUUCCCUUUCAUUGUAUGCUGAGCAUAUAAUAAAUUCUAUUUUAUGGUAACUUGUGCCUUUUUUUAAAAUAUUGAAAAAAAAACUUUGUAAAUUUGAAAAAAAAAAAA